AGCGGCCUAUUCAGCAAGGGACCCUGCCGCCGCAGCCCGCAGUCCAGGACUCCCCGGGAUGGAGCGGCUCGCCGGCGCGCAUCAUCCGCUCGUGAUCCUCGCCGUCGCCGUGGCAGGAUCCUCAGCACUGGCACACAAGGUGAUGGAAGGGGAUCAAGUGACCCUGCCUUGCAGAUACUCGGUCCAGCAUUACGGACAGAGCCGCGUGUGCUGGGGCCGCGGCUGUGGCGCCCUCUGGUGUUCGGGUGCGAUCCUGCAGAUGGACGGCAGCCGCGUGAUCUCCAAGGCGUCGGAAAAGUACCGGCUCACAGGCAACCUGCGGCUGGGCCGGGUAGACCUGACCAUCGCCAACAUCAGCCGGACAGACGGCGGGCCGUACUGCUGCAGAGUGGACAUCAAUGGAUAUUUCAAUGACAUGAAAGUGCUUCACACCAUACGGGUGACACAAGCAGUGACCCCAUUUCCUGCACCAACGGGAAUCCAAGGAGAGAAAUCUGAUUCCUACACCGACAGGUAUCCAGACACUGAGCCCUUGCCUCUUCUAGAAGAAUAUACUCUGAAUCCUCGUUCCAAUCAUCCCAAAGCUGGCAGCAUUAAUGCUGAGCCCACUCCCAGUCUCCCGCUCCGUGUUCACAGCCCUGCGCUGUACCUUUCUGUCUCAUUCCUCUUCUUGCUGCUACUGGGUCUGGUUGCUCUGCUAGGGUUCAAACGAAAGAUUCACCAGAGAUGUUCCUUCAGAGGCAGUCUGGCAGGUAGAGAACCCCGUCACAUCAUCUGGGAGAUUCAGACCAGGAGACCCGUGGAAGACAAUAUAUACACUCUGGACUAGGAGGACCAAGGGCACAGCUGGAGGGGAGCGAUCUCAGCACGGACACGGGCGUGAAAUCAGCCAGUCCUCUGCUUCCCACUCUGAGACUCUUUCAGCUGUCAUUUUCUUUUUGGGGGAGCACGCUAAAGGUUUGUACUUUCCUGUCUUACUCCAAUGCUGGGAAGAAGAAACAAGUAUUUCUAAACAAUAACCGGCCUCACAAAUAGAACUUGUGAUGUAUAAACACAAAAACGGGAAGUUAAAGUGGGGAUGAAAACGUUCCAUUCUGCUGACCUCCUGAAACACAAGGAAGCAAAAUCGAAACUCAAGCAAGUAAACAGAAAACUACAGCAAGAAGCAGGAAGGGUUAAGACACCGAGAAAGUUGGGGGAAUUGCAGUUCAGAUUAUUAACACGCUAAGGAGUAUGAAUGAGGUGGUUAGGGCAUGCUGAAA